AUGUCUGAACAACAUAGUGCAAAGUCACCAUCAGUUGAACCUAUUGAUGAGGAUGAAGUUGUAGAUACAAUUAGUUUGGAUCAACAACAACAACCACCUGCUACAAAGAUAGAACAACAGGAUCAACAAAAGGAUACAGAUAUUGAGGAUGUUAUAAAGACAGAGACAAACACAGAGACAGAUCAACAACAACAGGAUACAGAGAUUGAAGAAUCAGAAGAACAGGCAGUACCCAAUCAGACUAUAUAUGUUAACAAUCUCAAUGAAAGACCUUCGAAAAAGAAGCUUACAGAACAACUGAAAGGAGUGUUCUCAAAGUAUGGAACUAUAUUGGAUAUCGUUGUAUCAAAGAGACAGAGAAUGAAGGGACAGGCAUUCAUUGUGUAUAGUGAUGUAGAGUCGGCGUCAAAGGCGAUGAAGGCAAUGGAUAGUCAUGACUUCCUCGGUAGACAGAUGAAAGUAACAUACUGCAAGUCAAAAUCAGACGCUGUCGCCAAGCUCGACGGUACAUUCGUAGAGAAGAAGAGACCUCGCGAUGAUGAGGUGCUCGAGAAAAAGAAAGCUUCAAAGAAACAAGACACAAAAAAAGGACCAUCCUUCUCCUCUUCGAGCAGGCCAGCCAAAGAGUUCCCACCCAACAAGAUCCUAUUCGUCGAGAACCUGCCAGACAUUUGCGAGCCGAUGAUGUUGGAGAUGUUGUUCUCACAGUUCCCAGGAUUCCAGAGUGUCAAUAUGACUGCCGCAAGGAAGGGUGUAGCAUUCAUAGAGUUCGACGACGACAUCAAGUCUGGAGUGGCAAUGACCAAUCUGCAGGCCUUCAAGGUGACACCUGUCAAUCCAAUGGCUAUAUCAUAUGCAGCUCAAUAA